AUUAUACUGCCUGUGAAUUUGAAAUAAAUUGUAUUUAGUCCUUUAGUACUGCAAUAAUAUUGCGACCAAGGCGAAAUAUUUUCUAGUCUCUAAUACAUAUACAUUUAAUGCUCUAGAUAUUUUAAACUUAAAUGGGAAUAUACUGUAUAUUUACAUUAGGUUUUAUAUGGUUUAUACAAAUAUUAAAAUAAAAAACAGCGAGAAAGUUUAAUUUUGAUUCGGAGAUGGAGUCAAUUUGAAUUAUACAGAAAGAGUUACAAUGGCUUUUCAAUCAAAAGCAGUGAAAUGUAUAAGUUUGUUUCGUCAAAUAAAAGUAAUCUUAUUGAACACUUUUGGUAUUUAUUGUUAUUAUCUAUCAAUUUCAGAUACUAUUUUUUAACGGUAUAGAAUCAAUUAAAAGGCUCAAUAGCUAAUAUCGAAAAAUCAUGAGUUCAUUAAGACUUUUCACUGCGACAGCAUCGGUCAUCAUUUUGCUGACGAUAUCAAGUCAAAUCAGGUCAAGCGAUGCCAGAUCAAACGGCCUUAUUCAAAGAUGUGGAAGCGAUGCCAGAGAUUUUCUUCGAUGGUUCUGCAGAGAUCAAACGUUUGAUUUCCCGUUCCCGUUUAAUCGAAUUCACCUCGUUCGAUUAUUCCGACCUCCGUACAAAAAUUUAUUUCCAUUUCAACACCAAGCAUCGGUAUGCUGCAGGUCAGGAUGUCCAGAAAGUUCUUAUCAAAGAAUGUGUCAAUAUCAUCACAAGUUGAAGUCGUGCGAGAAAAGGAGACAUGUCCAUCCGAAAACGAGAGAAGGAAGAAGAUCUCGUCGGUUGUCAUUGUGUCGUCUCUCAAAUUCCAUUUCAUAAACAUUUUGUUGAGAAUACGACAUUUCGUUAGAACUGUCAUAGCACAAUUUCUCACUCACACCGAAAUUGAUGACGAACUUCUAUGUCAGCAUGAGUUGACAAUCCAUUUUUUCUUUAUUAUAUUUGACAAAUUUUGAUUCAAUCGUGACUUACUUAUGUGUUCUUACACUGUGACACUUUAUUAUUAUCAAUUUAUUUACAGUUUAUCACUAUGUAAAAUAAAGUAAGAU